AUGGAAAAUGAGCCUGACAAAGCUACUGAUGAUUUAGACAACAACAACAAAAACAACAAUAACAACACAUCGAUCACAGCAACUACACCAACGAUUAUUGCCUCAUCAAUAUCGUCGACUACAACAUCAUCAUCGAUAUCAACAACAACAACGACUGCUACUACUGGUACUGCUGUGGCUACGACAGCUACUACAGUUGCUACUACUAUUAUUGCCGCUACCGAAAAUACUACUUCCAUUAAUACUUUUACUACUACUACUGCUGCUGCUACUAUUACAAUUACUGCUAUUACUUUUGCCGCCUAUGCUGCUACUACAACUACUACAAGUUUUGCUUCUGUCGUCAGUGAAAGUAUGAUUCAAUCUUGCAGUCAUCCAGCCCAAAAUGUCUGGUACAGCAGCUACCGCAACAACAACAACAACUACCUCAACAACAACAAUUACCUCAGCAACAACAAUUACCUCAACAACAACAACAACAACUAUCUCAACAUCAACAACAACUGCCUCAACAACAACUACCUCAACAUCAGCAACAACUACCUCAACAUCAACAACUACCUCAACUACAACAACAACUACCUCAACAUCAACAACAACUACUUCAACAACAACAACAACUACCUCAACAACAACAAAAACGACAAUAUGACGUCAUGCUUUCGGACUUUGACCUUGACGCUGAUUUGGUUGACCUUGGAAAAAUGGACAUUGAUAUUGAUGAAUUACUAA